AUGAAAUUUUGAAAUUCAGACGAAGGAAUUAAUUUUAUUGCCUUAAUUAAUUACUUGACAUUACAUUAUUAAUGACUCAACAUCCCAUAAAAUCAACCAAUCUCACAUCGGCAUCUGCCGACUUGUACUUUCUUGCAUACCCAAAUUUCUCAUCGACAAUCUUCUAAAAUUACUGCAGGAUCAAACUCAUUGACUUUGCGGUACGGACGCCGGCUCAUAACUCAAAUGUACACGAGGUUUUUGUGGAGAGAUGGAAAAGUUAAGAUCGGCAUGAAUGCAUGUCAGAUCAGGAACUAAAUUGAAUGGGAAUCGAAAUUGGAAUUUUAUUUUAUGUCAUUUCCACCAAUCAAACCCAACGGAUGACAGUCAGCAACAACAAUUUUAUGACGCUUUGGUCUCACGUCUUCUUCGCUAGUCUAGUUUGGGUCAAAUUUUUAUUCAGUACCCUUUUGGACGUGAGUUGAUGAGUCAGUUGUGGGAGUUUUGGGGAAAAUAAGAAAAUGAAAAUCUCAGCCCGUGUUCGUGGGGAGUGGUUCCACAUUCCUUGCAGGGAUGGCAAGUUGACCGUAAAAGGUUUGGCUGACGAGGCUCUGAAACGUUACCAGAGAUUGAUGCCUGCAUCGCCUUCCUUCCCGAUCAGAAAGGAAGUGGUGUCGGAAGUGAGAAAGACAAGAGGCGGGGCAAUAUUAGAUCCAGAAGAUAUUAUUAAAGACGUUUUAGACGACAAUGAUUUCGUUUCAGUGGUUUUGGAAAGCGAUUGGCCUAAUCCCGUCAUGGAUGAGGCCGAGAUUAAAUAUGUUCCGGAACAAAUUGCAAAAACGUAUCAAACGCCAACAGAGUACAUGACCAUUGAUGGGAACAGUCUUGCUACUGAUGAUUUACUCCAACUUGGGCGUGGUCGAUACAAAAUUAAGAUUUCUGCCGAAGCGAAGGAGAGAGUACAAGAUGCAAGAAUCUUAGUUGAGAAAAUUCUACAGGAAAAUAAAGUCGUCUAUGGAAUCACAACUGGGUUCGGAAAGUUCGCAAGGACCGUGAUUGAGCCAGAUAAGCUAUUACAGCUUCAAGAAAAUCUAAUCCGAUCCCAUUCGGCUGGAGUUGGUCAUCCUCUGCCCCCAGAAAAAACACGAAUGUUACUCGCUUUACGAAUUAACGUAUUGGCUAAAGGUCACAGUGGCGUCUCUCUCAAAGUCUUGAUGCAACUGGUGGACGCCUUCAAUGCAUCCUGCCUAUCUUGGGUGCCAGAGCAAGGAACGGUCGGAGCCAGCGGGGAUCUUGCUCCCCUCGCUCAUUUGGCCCUGGGAAUGAUGGGCGAAGGAAAAAUGUGGAGUCCAGCCACUGGAUGGGGGGAAGCGAAAUAUGUUCUUGAAGCUCACAACUUGACCCCAAUCCAACUCCACGCCAAGGAAGGACUAGCUCUCAUUAAUGGCACCCAGCUCAUCACUUCCCUCGGGGCGGAGGCCGUCGAAAGAGCGGGGAUCAUUGCGAGACAGGCCGAUGUCGUGGCUGCCUUGACGCUGGAAGUGCUUAAAGGAACUUCUCGAGCUUUCGAUAGCGAAAUCCAGGAUAUUAGGCCACAUAAAGGACAAGCAACCGUUGCUCGAAGGCUGAGGGCGUUGCUCCACUCGUCCACAUAUCCGUCUCAGAUUGCUGCGAGUCAUCGAUUCUGUGACCGAGUGCAGGACGCAUACACCAUCCGAUGCUGUCCCCAAGUGCACGGAAUUGUCAUUGAUACGAUUGAUUUUGUCCGAAAAGUAAUCGUCACUGAAAUGAACAGUGCAACGGAUAAUCCGAUCGUGUUUGCGGAUCGGAAUGAAAUAAUUUCAGCCGGUAAUUUUCAUGGGGAAUAUCCCGCAAAAGUUCUGGAUUAUUUGGCAAUUGGAGUACAUGAGCUUAGCUCAAUGAGUGAGCGAAGGAUUGAAAGAUUGGUCAAUCCAGCUUUAAGCGAGCUCCCAGCAUUCCUGACCAAGGACGGAGGAUUAAACUCCGGAUUCAUGAUGGCCCAUUGCACGGCUGCUUCGUUGGUGUCGGAGAACAAAGUUCUUUGUCAUCCAGCGUCCGUUGACUCUUUGAGCACCAGUGCUGGCACUGAGGAUCACGUUUCAAUGGGAGGCUUUGCUGCGAGAAAGGCUCUCAUGGUCAUUCGAAAUGUGGAACGAGUGAUUGCAAUCGAACUUUUGGCUGCGUGUCAAGCAAUUGAAUUUCUCCGUCCCUUAAAGACCACGGUGCCGCUGGAGGAAGUUUAUCGAGUCGUGCGGUCGGUGGCGAGACCGUGGGACAGGGACCGCUACAUGGCACCCGACAUUGACAACGUCACCAAAUUACUGAAAGAAGAGAAAAUUUGGCAGUCGGUUCGGGGCUACAUCGAAGAGUACAACUCUUCUCAGAGCAUGCAAAACAUGGAAGCUCAAGUUUUCAGUCCAACAGCCACCGUUUUUCGUGGGGGUGGUCCACGAGUUGUCUCUUCUUCUGGGCAUCAUCACCACCAUCACCAGCAGCUCGCUUCUCUCCCUGGGUCAAGUCCACCACCGGCUAAACGAGGAAGAAAGCAUCAAACCCCAUCGGUUGGGGCGGGUGGUGGGGGCAGCGGUACGGGAGGCGAUAAUAAUGAUGCCACAGCCAAUUAAAUGGGUGGAUGAGUAGUGAAAGUGAAGAGGGUAGAUUAUUGAGUGAAGUGGAAUUAAAUAAUAAUAUUAUUCGGAUAUGCGUGUCCUUA